AAACUUGUAAUCAACAAGGAAGCAACUUAUAGCCGUUGUGUUAAGAUACUGUCAAAACGAAAGCUCCAGAUUUUGCUUGUCUUGCUUGCUAAAUACAAAAAUAUUCCACCUUUACACUCCAGACAUGGCGGCGAAAGGCGCAAAGGAGACCAUCGUCAACAAGCUGGGCUUCAAGUCCAACAGCGCCAAGGCAGAGGUGGAGAUGGAUAGACUCCGCAAGGAAAAUGCUCAUCUGCGGAGGAAGGUGGACGAGGUAUCUAAACGAGUUGCCAAACCUCCAGAUUCAGACAAAAGCAAACUUCUGGAGAGGAUUCUGUCGCUGGAGACACUGAGAGAGAGAAACAGCCAACAGCUACUAGUGAAGGAUCAAGAAAUGGACACCCUCAGACGGCAACUAUCUUCUAAGGGAGGAGAGUUGGUGGCAUCUCUGCAGGCUCAGUUGGAGCAGCGUAGGAGAGAGGCUGAGCAAAAAGACAAACUCUAUCAGUCUCUGUCAGAAGAGACGGAGAACCUGAAGAACAAGUUUGCUGCUCUUUCUGCCCGAUGCCAGGCCCUGGAGAAACAGGACCCUGUUGCUUUACAGAACGGCCACGUUCCAUCUGGGGACCUAGUGGUGGUUCACGACCAACUGAGAGAUGCCCUGGAGAAGAACCAGCAGUGGCUUGUUUACGACCAUCAGAGAGAGGCCUACGUGAAGGCUGUCUUGGCCCGCACCCUGGAGCUGGAACAGCAGCUCAGCACAGCCAACACAGCCCUGCAGGCGCUCCAGCAGACCCAGCACUCAGAUGCCAGCACUGAUGAGAAAUCCCAGGCGCAGGCUCGAAUGCAGGAGCACUGCAACCAGCUGCUGCAGGGGGCCAAGAGGGACGCGGAGGGCCAGCGGGAGCAGGCCAGCAGGGCCCAGGCUGAGCUGGGGGAGCUGCAGAGGAGGUAUGAGGAGAGGAGCCUCCAGCUGGAGGAGACUAGGGAGCAGCUGCAAGCUGAACGCCUCUGCAACAGGCACACUGUGAGCGAGGAGAGGAAGUGCUCGACAGAGAGGACUGACAGGAUGCGGGUGGAGCUGGAGAGUAUGGACGUCAGGCUGGAGGAGGAGAGGAAGCGCUCUGCUGACCUGCUGCUACAGGUGAAUCUCCUUCAGAAGUCUCUGCUGAGCCAGAAUGAGGAGAAGAGGAGAAUGGCUGUGCUGGAACAGCAGGUCCAGCUUUCUGCCAAAGACUUUGAGAACGAGAAGCUUGAUCGCCAGAGUCUGCAGCACCAGUUACAAAAGGUUCUGAAGGAGCUGCGAAAGGCCCGGGACCAGAUUACCAGGCUGGAGUCUUCUAAACAGCAGAGCCGUUUCUCUGAACCAAGCUCGUACAACAAGCUGGAGUUUGAGAGGCUGUCCAUUGAUGACCGCGCACCCUCCUCGCCCAGCAAGCCCUCCAGCCAAUUGGACGAGAGUUUCCUUGAAUGCCCGAAGUGUCGCGCCCCAUACGCCACCAGUCAGCAUCGGGAGCUGCUGGCUCACAUUGACUACUGCUUCAACUGAGGCAGAUCCAGGCCCUGUGUGCACUGUCCUCAAACCAGCCAUAACUCCUAUCCUCCUUGAGGUAAUCUCCACAGAAACAUGACCGCUGUCACCAGUUGACGCAUAUCUGAUCAGGGAUUGGUUGAAGCCAUAUGAGGAUGAAAUGUUAACACAGUUAAAUUUAGGAAACGGGCUCCAUCCUAUCAACAACAGGCUUCACUCAAAUAGACUAGAAAUCCCUUUACAUACGUUUAGGCCCAAGUGUAGAAUCUUAAGAUUUACUUUAUGCCUGGUUCUAAGAAACCCAACCCUGAUGCUGGCUCAAGCUGAUAUUGAGUGCCCUAUUGGUUUGGUGUGGUGUUCUCCUUAUCAGGUCAGAUCUAUCAAUCAAUCAAUUAAGGGAGCUCAUGUAUUUGAAAGGAUUUCAAGUGCUAUUUGAGGGCAGUCCACACUCCUGCUUUGGCACAUGUUGGACUCCAUGUCCGCAAACUGUCCGUUUGUGCCCUCUUACGGGCAAGCUGGAUUGGAAACACGCUUCAAUCAGGUCUGUGGGAUGUUUCUGGGCUAGGUGUGGACUUGGGAAAUUCACAAGGGAAUAUGUCUGUCACUGCUCUGUCACAGCUCUGUCGGUUUUGGUCUUCAUUUUAUUUGUAUGCUAUUUGUUUUUAUUAUACAAAUAGAAGAGGAAUAUAUUGUUUUGGUUUGUACUUAUUUUCAUGCUGUUUUUUAUAUGCUCAUUUGAUUGUUUCUCCUAAAUAAGGAGUAGGCUACAAACAGAUAGUAUUUUAAAAGUAAAAUAUCAGUGCUGCAAGAUUCCCAAGUUGGUAACUUGUAAUUUGUUUUGAAAUAAAUCGAUGACCAUUUAAAUAGAAAAUGAAGCUAUUCUGAAUUUAUUUGGAUUAUAUGUUUAAGUGUUUACAAAGCUUGUGUGAUGUUUUGACAUGGAAAUUAUAUAAUUAUUUAUGGUUUUCUAAGUACCUUGCUGUUUUGUGUACUGUUUUGGGCUUAGAUGCUAUUUGUGAAUAAGGUGUUACUUAAAGGCUUAAUCUAGCUCUUUGGAUACCAAAGAAGUCCUCAUUCUCCAUUGUUUUUUGGUUCUCUAUAGUUUACCUUUAAUUUAUGACAUGUCCCUCCAUGCCAGUAUUGCAGCGUUUUUUGGAAUUGGUAGUAUUGGAACAAGGUUCACUUCCGACUCAACCCUGACUUUACAAAUGGGCAGGUCUAAAGCUGGAAUGAGAUUGCAUAAGUAAAUCCUUGUACUAAACUAUUUAAGGCACAGGCUUAUUGAAGCUCCUCUGGAUAGGGAGGAAGUGAAGGUGCCUUUAUUCAAGGAAUGUGUCAACAGGCACUUUGGUGGGACGGUAGCCAUCUCAGCUUUCUGAUGUGGUAACGGCUGAGCUGUUGGUUCAAUGACAUGAUGCUGAUUAACUGCAUCUCAUGGGAAGAUCAUGAAAACCUGUUUGUGUCUUAAUUUACUAUCAAGUCAGGGAACCAUCUAAUGCACUGAUUUUCACCUUCUGGAAAAAAAGACUAGGUUUCCCAAUUAAAAUGUGUUUUGUUUCCCAUUA